AUUGUACAAUUUAAUUUUAGGAAAUUCAUUUUUUAAUGACGUGAAUCCAGUUGGCUGUUAGUUCAUUUCAUUACCCAGGAUGAAGGCAUGCUGCAACACCUUAAAAAAAUCAUCAGAGGCAACGUUGUGUCUCCCUGGGCCAAGGAGGAGGACAGCAUCUUCAUUCUUUUUGAAGAUGAUGACCAAGUGGACCAGGUGAUGCACUUCUUGUCUGGAGUCCUUGAAAGUACACAGACAGAUAAGAAGUCUGCAGAUCCAGUGGCUUUAAUCAUGGAUGUACUUUUGCCAGAGGUAACGAUUUAUGCCCUUGCACCUGUACACUUCAUCUUCUCCCUGGACAAAGCCAAAGAGAUGUACAAAUGUGGAACUCAGUUUGACUGGAGACAGGACGAAGCUUGUAUUCGGGAUGUGCUCCAUCGCCGGGUGUGAAUCGUGGCGUCGCAGCGCGCAGAGAUUCACGUUACCGGAGGACCCAGAGAAGCGGCUGGAGUGGGUUCAGUUUGUUCUUGAAGUUAACGGACAGCGACUCAAGGAGUCGUCGUGGACGGACAUCUCUGUCUGUGGAGAACACUUUACACACGACUGCUUUGAGUACAAGGCGACGAGUGGGGACGUGCAGCUGAAACCCGGUGCUGUCCCGUCACUGUGCAUCAAGUCAGACCCAGAAGAUGCUGUUGACAUCUUUCCACAUUGCGCGGUCCCGGAGUCUGUGGAAACUACGGAAAUCACUUGUCAGCGGGAUGACCUGGAAACAGUUUCAGGUACUGUCACAUCUGGGUGUGGCCAAAAUGAACAAAAUGUAUGGAGCUCAAAUCUGAUUCGGAAAAAAAUUCCUCAUUUACAGAUAAAAGGCAAACAUUUUGUGAACGAGAGCUGCCUGCUGCAGUUGUUUCGCCACAAAUGUCCAUCUUGUGACUGUAAACUUCACAUGGAGAAAGUCACCUAUGGGCCGUUGAUUGUCAUCAACCAGCAGUGCCUUCAGUGUGAGUACAGAUUCCAGUGGAAAAGCCAGAUCAAUGCCAAGGUCCCAGCAGCGGAGGACAUACCACCAGUAACCCAAAAGUUACUACCAACAGAUGACUUCCCCAGCAGUGCAGGUUCCUCUGGGAGUGUUUCUCUGAGCGAUGAAGAAAAAGAUUCCUCAGAUGAAGGAGACGAAGAAGAUGAAGGCAAUGAAGAAGGUAUGAGUUCAGAUGGGGAAUGGAAUCCAACUGAGGAAAGUUUGCUGGCUAAGAAGCUCACAAAGGACUCUGAGGAGGAAACUGAAGAUGAAGGGAAAGAGGGAGAAGGUGAUAAACCCCAAGGUGGCCUCAAAAUGAAAGAGCUCUGUACAGAGUGCGGCAGUUUUGUCAAUACACUAAAGUCUCACACAUGUGAGCACAAAAGUAAGCCGUAUUCCUGCCGUAUUUGUGGCAAAAGAUGUGUUAAUGAAAUGUCUCUCAGACGUCACAACAUGAUCCACAGUGAAACCUACGAACAUCCUUGCAAAUACUGCCACGUUACGUUCAGAACAAGGGUGGACAAACUUAAACAUGAGCAGAUCCAUAAGAAACAAAAACGUCCCUAUAAAUGUCCCGACUGUCCGGAGAAGUUUGCGUCCCGUAAAGAGCGCUGUGUCCAUCUGCCAACACAUGGGGGGGAAAAAGAGAUUAAAUGUGGAAUUUGUGGGUUUAAAUUUAAGAAUCUGCAUCGUCUUCAGAGACAUUCUUUUGUGCACACCGGACUGAAGCCGUACCAGUGUCCGGUGUGCGAGCGCGGCUUCAACCAGGCAGGUAACCUCAAAUCUCACAUGCGUCUGCACACCGGGGAGAAGCCUUUUAAGUGUCAGCAUUGUGACAAAUGCUUUAAUCAUAAUGUGAGCUUGAAGAGUCAUGUCCAGCGUUAUCACGCCUCCAGUUCCGGGCACGGACGCAAGGAGGGCGAGAUCAAUGAAAGGCCAAGCGACACAGGCACAGACUCGGAGUCUGACAACCUAGAGAGAAAACAAGAUACAGGAGAGGUGUUACAGACGGUGACGACCGAAAUGAAGCCCACAGGAAGACCCAAAGGAAGACCAAAAAGUGCCACUGCAGGUGACCCGGUUCUUACGGCGCCAAACAAAGACAAGCGUUCAAAAAGAAAGACCUCCAAAUCAAAGGCGUACAAGUCAAAGGAAACUGAUUCCAGCGCCGAGGACAGUGAGUGUGACCAGAUAAACAGCAGCUCAUCUGACGAUUCGGAAGACGAAGAGGAGAAGCCGACGACGCAGAGGAGCACGGGGAGGAAGAGGAAGAGACCAAAGCAUGACAGUGAUUCUGAUUUUCACCCAGGAAAUGAAAAAGAAAAGAGGAAAAGUUCCAGUUCCUUUGGGAGACAAAGGAAGAAUGUAGUUGUGUGAAAAAACCCAACAUUUUUGCAAACCGACGACAGACAGAAAGGAGACCUAAUGAGUGGAGGACCAUGCAGAACCUCUUUGUAGUGAUGCCCUUUACAAACGUCCUUAGUUUACUCAAGCUUUUUAUUUAUACUUUUUUAUUAGCGAAACUACUUUCAGAUGCUAAGUAAGCCAUUAAAGGUUACACUAAUGUCGAGAGCUGUUUAGCUUGUCCUGGUAGUUUCCACAAAACCCUGAUACAGAAUGUAGGAAAGUGGUGACUAAGAUACUCGGAUAGACAUAGCAGAGAUGGAUAUUUUUGGGAAAAAUAGCUAUUUGAUGAAAAAACAUUUUAUUGAUAAUGCCAGGUUCUAAAGAAGACACAUUUAUUCUCUUAAAAGUCAGUUUCUAUCUUUUUUUCCACCACAGUGAAGUUACAUAGUUUAUGUCUGUAGAAAAUAUAGUGAAUUGUUCUGUUUCAUAAAGUUGAUGGCUUCUCUCAGACUGUGGCAGUGGUAGCGAGUGGUAGAAUUUGCAGUUUCGAUGUCUGAAUCUUCCAUAGUUCUUGGACUCUCCUGCUGUUUUCUAUAAUACACUGGUUUCAGUUGUCGCGUCACGUUACACAGGUGAGCUCGUGCAGAUGCAGCUGGUUAUACGCCACAGUGAAGUAACAAAGACUUUUUGCCCUCUGGCGAUGUGAAAAUAACACACCUACGAAGGGCGACUCAUGAAGCGCACCCUCGUGAACAGUCCAUGGAUAGCUUGCUGUUGAAUGGCAACAUUAUAAUUUGUCAGUUUGUGACAAAGUCCACCGAUGCUGUGAUUGUUUUGCUUUUGACGGAUGGGAUUUUAAACCUGUGAGGAAUUAAUCCCAUGUGGAGGAGAGAUGUGCAACAACUGUACAGAAAAGUAGUUCACGUCGUUUGUAGAUAACGUGAUAAAUCAUUCCGAACUGCUGGUGUGAACCGUGGACAUUUGCAAUUACAUGAAACCAAAAAUGUGACUGCCUUUUUAUGAGUGUUUCAUUUCAUCAAGUAGAUUUGAAAAGGAGUCGGUUAUGUUUCUAGCUGUAAGCAACUCUAGAGCUGUGGAUUAGUAUCUUGCCAAAGGAGCAAUAACAGCAGAACACAUGACAUUUUAUCCCCCUGCAAACUGUCUUUCCGUCUGUUAGGAUUAAAAUGUAUAGGUGUGUGUCUGGUGUUAACAGUUCCCACUUUGAUCUAAACCCCCGACUGCCACACAUUUAUCCUUCUCACUCCUCUCUGUCUGUCUAAUCUCGCUCCAAGGCUCAUCAGGUUUUGUGUUAAAGUUGUUCAAGGACAAGUGCAUUUCCCUCCUUUCAAUAGGAAAAAUGUGUCAGAAGAAAAAGA